AGUGUUGUUUCAAUCUUUGCAGCGAAAUGUUUACAAAUCGUGGCCGGCAAAGCAAACGAAAGUACAUGUUCGGCAUCUGUGCCGUCAUAUUCGUUUAUCUUUUGCUUUUUUCGCGUUAUCAAACUUAUGAAAUCCAAGAAGUAAUAAAGAAUGUGAAACCGGUGACUGUUUGGGAGUUUGUUGCUGAUUUUAGCAAAAUGAAAAGUCUGAAUCCAACGAUUCAUGAAUUUAAAAUAUUAUCAGAUCAUGGAAACAAUGAGGACUGGAAAUAUACGGUUGAGUAUAUAGAGUCAAUGUCGGGCUGGCCCCAUUGGAAGAACAAAAUAAAUGCCAACUUCCACGUUCGGAAGGUUAUCAGAGAUCGAAAGUAUCUCUAUCUGGUUGAAUCUGUUCAUAAAUCCUGCUUCUUUAGUGUCUUUUGUUUGAAGGCAAAUGGAGAAUUCGAAUUUACUGACAUAAACAAUGGAGACACCCUCGUGACAGAAACAGUAAAGUAUCAAUGCCCACCAUUCUUAGGACAAUAUUGUCGAAAGGAAGUUGAAUACCAAAGGAAAAAAAUCUUGUACAAUCUCACUAACCAUUUUAAGCAUCAUAAACAAGAAAAAUAGUUUGACAAGCUUCUUUAAGUUCGUUCCUCUUUGGAAACGAAAAAAAGAAACUUUUCCUUCUUAAGAGGAGAAAUAAAUUAAAAUAUCUUUUAAAAAUAAUCUUUGUCUGCUGCUUGUUUUUGUUGUUAUCUGCUGAAACACAAGAAACAGCAGGAUUGAAAAAAAAGAAGUAUCCAGAUAGGUACUUGAAAAAUAAAUAAAAUCACUAUAAAUAAGAUUUUUAUGACAUUUAUGCGAAGGAGAGGAAAAUGGCAAAGCUUCAUUUUUAUAGUUUUCAUGAAUCGAGUGAAUCUUUCUCAAGACUGAAGUGAUGAAAGUUGAAGACAAGUGAAGAAAAGGGGUUUG